CUGUGCUUUCAUCAUCUGCCAAGCGCACGCCAUCUGAGGCCUCUCUGAUUGAUCUUUCCCGUAUCCACCACACCGCCCAUACUACUCCUCUGAAGUGACCUGUCUAAAGGCUCGCAGAAUGACCGCCACUCUUAGAACUCGCGAAAAGCACGAGAUCUCAGAUGCAAGACGUAGGAUCAGCCAAGUCGAACCAGCCGAGCAAUGGUGGGUCGACCACAGAUCGUGGCUCGAAAACAGAGGCUACCUACUUCGCCCUCGCUUUACGCCUGGAUGGAGUCCCUCGUGGCACGACCCUAAAGUCAACUCAGAAGAUGCCGAAGAUCGAUUCCCUGCUGAUAAGCCAAACGUACUCGACGCGACUAAGCUUCCCUUCGGAGAACCCGUAAUGCUGAAGCGCGUCAACAAGCUGCAAUCCAAAGAAGUCGAAAUUACUGCUAUGCUCUCGUCUCCUGCGCUGUUGAAGGACCCGCGCAACCAUUGCAUACCCGUCUACGACGUCCUUGAGAUACCGGACGACGAUAACCUGCGGAUUCUUGUUCUGCCUUUGCUACGGAAGUACGACGACCCGCCAUUCGACACGGUGGGCGAAGUCGUCGACUGCUUGCGGCAGGUUCUGGAGUGCGUUCAUUUCCUCCACGAACACAACAUUGUUCACGGAAAUAUCGAGGCGCGCCAUAUCAUGAUGCAUGCCGCUCCGCUGUAUGAUGCGCCUUUCCAUCCGGUCGAACAAAAUAUGCGCUUCGACUGGCGAGGAAGGAUAGCUCCCUCGCGCACUCGCACGGAAGAUCCAGUCGAGUAUCAUAUCCUCGAUUUCAGUCGGGCCAGCGUGCACGACCCGCACGCUUCGGAAGCGUCUGCGUCUGACAAAGGACUCGGUGCCGCCGACGACGACGUCGACGACCCUUUCGCCCACGAUGUCUACAGUCUUGGAACUUGGAUACGAGACGAUUUCCUGAAGGGGACCAGGCGCUAUAAACACCUCGAUGUUCUUGACCCACUGGUUGACGAGAUGACUCGAGACGAUCCUGUAAAGCGGCCGACCAUGAAGGAGGUCAUGAGCAGGUUUGAGGGCGCUAUAGGUCUACUCUCUUCCUGGAAGCUGCGCUCUCGCGCGAUGGAGCAGGUAUAUGGAUUGCAAAACCAUAAUCACCACGGUUCACACUGGGCUCGUCGUCUCAAGCUAAUCGCUAUGAGUCGGCCAGCCGCACCAUCCGUCCAGAACGACCACCGAUAGUAGAAUGCAUUUAUUCAGUCAUUCCGAUCCCUCUAGCCUGAACGUAGCGCAAGCACCUCAUGAUUAGCAG